AUCAAGCAUGAACUUUCUUAGAAUAAACUGUGUUCUGCAUGAAAGAAAUGAAUAUUUAUUGGUAUAUAAACACAAAUCUAAGUGACUAUAAGUCUAAAACAAAAGAAAACCAAAAUAUAUUAUGCAUUAAAAAUGAUGGAUAGUGGAAAAUUCAGUGGGUACAAAUUCGAGAAUGGAGAAGAACAAUUAUCGCAUUUAUAUGCAGACAUACUCUGAUCUUUGGGGGAAAAUGUGGUCAAAUAUAAGGUUAAUAAAGGCAAACUUAUUGCUUUUUGAAGCGACAGGCAUUAUUAACUGUCAAAAACAUUCAAUGAUGUUUUCUCGUACAUUGUAAAAUGAGUAACAUUGGUGUUACUAGUAACUCAAUUCUGCAAAAGCUGAAACUGAAGAAUCCCAAACUCGUGCUACUAUCACAAUGCUCCAACAUUCACGACCUCAAAAUAAUCCAUGCCCAUAUGCUAAGAACCCAUCUUUUCUUCGAUGUUUUUGCAUCAAGUCGCAUCAUUGCUUUCUGCAUAGAUCACACUGCAAAAUUUCUAACUUACGCUAUCAAAGUUUUCUCCCAAAUUCACAAUCCCAAUCUCUUCAUUUUCAAUGCAUUGAUCCGCGGUUGUUCCAUUAGCGAAAACCCUGAAAAUUCAUUUCACUAUUACAUUCAAUCACAGCGCAUUGGUCUCUUACCUGAUAACAUCACCCACCCUUUUUUGGCUAAAGCAUGUGCUCAACUUGAGUCUUUUACAAUGGGUACACAAGUUCAUGGUCAAAUAGUUAAGCAUGGUUUUCAACGUGAUUUCUAUGUUCAACAUUCUCUUGUUUAUAUGUAUGCUUCUCUGUGUGAUUUAAAGUCUGCAAGGUGCGUUUUUAAGAGGAUGGGUCGAUUUGAUGUUGCUUCAUGGACUUGUAUGAUUAAGGGCUAUCAUAAAUGUGGUGAUGUUGAGUCUGCACGUGAACUGUUUGAUAGAAUGCCUGAGAAGAAUUUGGUGACUUGGAGUACUAUGAUUAGUGGUUAUUCGCGGAAUAGUCGUUUUGAUAAAGCGGUUGAGAUGUUUGAGAUUCUUCAGGCUGAUGGGGUGGUGGCUAAUGAGGUUGUUAUGGUUGGUGUGAUAUCUGCUUGUGCUCAUUUAGGUGCUCUUGCAAUUGGGGAGAAAGCUCAUGAGUAUGUGAUGAGAAAUAAUUUGGAUUUGAAUGUGAUUCUUGGGACAGCUGUUGUUGAUAUGUAUGCAAGAUGUGGGAAUGUUGAGAAAGCUAUUCGGGUUUUUGAGGAAAUGGAAGAGAAGGAUGUACUUUGUUGGACAGGUAUGGUUUCUGGAUUAGCCAUGCAUGGUUAUGCAGAGAAAGCGCUAGAGUAUUAUUAUGUAAUGGUGAAAACAGGAAUAGUUCCUAGAGAUAUUACAUUUACUGCAGUGUUGAAAGCUUGUAGUCAUGGAGGGUUGGUAGAAAAGGGUCUAGAAAUAUUUGAAAGCAUGAAAAGAGAUCACAGGGUAGAGCCGAGAUUGGAGCAUUAUGGAUGUAUGGUUGAUCUUCUUGGAAGGGCAGGGAAGUUGGAAGAGGCGGAGAAUUUUAUUCUGGAAAUGCCUGUGAAGCCAAAUGCUCCAAUAUGGGGAGCAUUGCUAGGAGCUUGCAGAAUUCAUAGAAAUGUCAAAGUUGGGGAAAGGGUGGGAAAGAUUUUGAUUGAGAUGAAACCAGAACACAGUGGUUAUUAUGUGUUGCUAUCAAACAUAUAUGCGCGCACAAACAAGUGGAAAGAUGUUACUAUCAUGAGAAAAUUGAUGAAGGAAAAAGGGGUUAGAAAACCACCUGGAUAUAGUCUCAUUGAGAUAGAUGGAAAAAUUCAUGAGUUUACCAUUGGAGAUAAAUCACAUCCAGAAAUAGAAAAAAUUGAAAGGAUGUGGGAAGAUAUACUGCAAAAAAUAAAGUUAGCAGGAUACAUAGGAAAUACUGGUGAGGCAUUGUUUGACAUAGAUGAAGAGGAGAAAGAAGAUUCACUUCACAGUCAUAGUGAGAAACUGGCCAUUGCCUAUGGAAUUAUGAAGAUUCAAGCUCCAACACCUAUUCGGAUCGUAAAAAACUUGAGAGUCUGUGAAGAUUGUCACAUGGCUACGAAGCUAAUCUCGAAGGUUUUCAAUGUAGAGUUAAUUGUUAGAGAUAGAAACAGGUUCCAUCAUUUUAAAAAAGGUGUAUGUUCUUGUAUGGAUUACUGGUAAGGGAGCUAUGCAACUUCUGAGGGGUUUAAAAUUUUCAGAAAUGUAUUGCCAAUGGAAGGAAGAUAUGUGAGAAGUUGUAUGUGUGUGCUCCAUAAAUUCUUCAAAAUCCAAUAUAAAAAUUAUACAAAUAAUAACAAACAAAUUUUAAGGCAGUGAUUUAUACACAUUUUCAAUUUUUGUACAAACGCUGUAAUACAUUUUCACACAUUACAAAUAAUUUUGGGCCGGUUUAUUGCA